AAUGAAACAAGUGUUGGCUUGAGAACUACUCAAGAGGUGAGCUAUAAGUCUUGUUACCAAUCCAAAAUAAAGUAGUCAAAGAAGUCAAAAGAUAGAUCUCUAAGUCCAAGGCUUGGAAUUGAUUUGAAGGGCCAUCCUAACCCUUCAAAGGGUAUUCUUGGAGUACACCCUAACUUCCCCAAAGAUGAGAGACAAAAGAUUGAGAGAAGUAAGGGAGAAAAGUGGCAACUUAAGAGAGGAAAAAGGAGAGAAUGUGUGAAGUGAUGUGAGAAAGUUUAUACACACUUUUCUAACUCUAACAAUUUCAAUCUUUUCUUCUCCUAUUUGUGAUGUCUCUUGUGUAGGUACUUUUGGAAGCAAAUCGUUAUUGGAGGAUCCAGCGGGAGUGCCCCUAAAGAAUCCGAAAUUUUCCCAUGCUUGAAAGAUAAAAUGGAGGCCAAGACCAUUUCUUCAAUUGGUCAAGUGAACUUGAAAUUGGGAAGUCAAGGUAAAGAAGAUCCUUUUCUUGAGAAUCAAGGUAAAAUAGCUAUCCCUAAUACUUCAAGUGUUUAUAAUGUUAUUAAUGAAAGUGCUUAUACACUAGUUGAUCCUUUUGAUGACCGAAUUGGUUCUUUUUUGCAAGAUUAAUUUGUGUCCAUCUAGUGUUGACACUUGUGAUAUGAAUGAUAGUGCAAUGUCAUGUGAUAAGAGUGCUCAUACACUAGUUGAUCCUUUUGAUGAUCGAAUUGAAUCUUCUAGCAAGAUCAAUUUGUGUCCACCUAGUGUUGACACUUGUGAUGAGAAUGGUAAUAUUGUUGACACCUUGAAUGUGAGUGGUGGCUUGUAUUUGUGUAAUCUUGAUAAUUCGUCUUCUUGCAAUAUGAACCACAGUGAUUGUUAUAGGCAUCCACUAGUUGAUGUCAAUUGUGUAGCUAAUGAAGCUAUUUCUUGUGAGCUUGUGAAGUUACAAACUAGUGAUGUGCAAUUUAAGAACGUUAGUGGGCUUGAAAGUGCUUCGUUGAGUAAUUGUUUAAUUCAUGAUCCUAUUGCUACAUUUUCUCAUAGAAACACUAUUCUUAUUGCUAACUUGAUAGAGGAUGAUUGUCUUUUUGCAAGUGAAUUUAGUUGUCUUGAUUCCUUAUCUUGCAAAGGCAUGAACUCUAGUUGUGCAAGUAACUUUGAGUUGAGUUUGAAGAAUGCAAGUGCAAUGUCAUGUGUUGGCAAGACUAGAAAGAGUACUUUGCUUGAAAAGAAAGACAACAUGAUAAAAAUUCAUUCUUUGUUCUAUUUCAUGAAUUCCAUUAAGAACAUAGGUUUGGAUGAAGAUUGUGGUAACUAUCCCUUUAUUGAUAUGGACCUUUCUCUCUUGAAAAAGGAUGAUCCUUUGGUUGAGGAAGAAUUUGAUUUGCUUGAUUAUUUGAGAAAUCCAACUAAAGAUUAUUCUUACAAUGUUGGCAUUGAUAGUGACUCUUUGUAUGACUCUCCACCUUUGUUUGAUGAAGAUAAAAAUGAAUUGCUUGAUUCUUGUGGUCUCUUGAAUUAUGACAUUCUUGAUUCAAGUGGUGGUUCAUGUCAUGAUGAAAAUGUUUGUCUUUUGAAAGAAGAUAACACUUGCUUAGAACAUGAUACUCCUUUGAAUUGUUCUAAUCUUAAUCUUGUGCUUAAUUUUGAUGAAUCCAAAAGUGAGCUUGAAAAUGGGGGCAUCAUUGAUGAGUUUAUAUUAAGUGAAACCUUUCUUUUUGACUUAUUUGCACUUGGUGAAAAUAGUAUUUUAAAAUAUGAAAAGUGCAUAAUUUUGGGAAUAUGUUGUGUGAAGAGUUGCUGGAAGAUUCUACAUGUUUGGAUGUUAGCAAGCUAACUCAUGAUUUGUUUGAUGAAAGCAAAUCAUGUGAGAGGCAAUCCUUCAAGAGUGAAGAAGGAUUCUUAAAGAAGGAGGGACACUUGAGGGUCAAGGGUAGUGAAUUAAGAGAUAUUAGCUCUAAUAUCAGUUUCUUUACUUACUCUAUCCCCGAUUCUAAAUAUACUUUUGGGAUGGACUAUGCUAGAGCUUCUACUUUAAAGAGUAAGAAGAAUACAUAUGAAGUUUGGCAUGGCAUACGUGAGCUUAAAAAUAGAACCUUUUCUUGUGAUUAUUCCAUGUCAUUGAUUCUUGACUCAUGCUUAGAUAUGGUUCAAAUAUUUUUUGAGUCUUGUGUGGGGGAUACUUUUGUAUUUGAUCCCGGAGUAGUUUUUGUACAUUCUUCUUGGACAUGGAUUGGCGUGUUGUGUAGAGUGUGGAAUAUUGAGUAUAAUGCAUUCAUGUAUAAGAAAGUAGAUUCUUCACUUGAAUUAGAGGGAGAAUUAUUCUUUAUGAUCACUAGAGCCAACAUGAACUUCACAAUUUGUUCUCUUAAGAUUGUUGGUUUUAUUUAUUCACCCUUCGUUCAUAAUUAUGUGGAUAGCCAAGUAUUUGCAUCUUUUGUGUCAUACAUGCCCUUUGUUGAAUUUCUAGAUGCUUGGUGAUAUCAUAAGAGUACAUUUUGGGAAAAAUUUGUUGAUGCUUCUCUUGUUUGUGUUAUUAUUGCUAACCCGUCUUGGAGAUUACACUUGCUAGUCCUUGGAUCUUGUUUGGGUUUUGUUAAAUUUAUCAUGUUAGACAAAAAUUCGAGGACGAAUUUCUUCAAAGAAGGAGGGAAUGAUACACCCCAAGAUAGCUAUCAAGCUUGCGGAUCCGACCUUGUAUCAAAAUAUUGCUUGAAGUACUUAGAAAAUGCAUGGAAGGAGGAUUUGAGGCUUGAAGGGAUGCUAAAAUGGAAGUAGAAGACUCCACUUGGAAGAAUACACGGAACAUGGAAAAAGAGGUCAUUUGUGCAAAGGGGCUAUUUUUAAAAAACAAGCUCAUAUGCCAAAGAAGACUAAGAAGACCCGACCCUUAUUUCAUUAAGGGCAAUUUUGUAAUAAUUAUUAUUAGUCUUUAUUCUUAACCUAGUAUAAAUACUACACUAUGUCAUUUUAUGAGGGUUAGAUUGUGUUGAUGUAUGAAAAAUUGAGCAAGUGCUCUUUGUGAGGAUUUUAAGAAUUCCUCUUUCUUUUUGAACCCUUUGACUACUUUGGAUGAGUGAAUCCAAAAUGAAAUGCAGGUGGAUCUCCUCAAUGUCAGAACCAUGUUUUAGACUUUAAUUAAUGAUAUAAAUGGAUCUAAUAAUCAAGGGUUAAACUGAUUUUUGAGUAUUGACGACUGUUGGGGCUUAGGGGAUCCAAUUCAUUCGGGAAGUGAAAAGGAAAGAAGAGGUUUUAGGCUUUUAGCAAGAGCUGAUAUUGUUAUAGAGGAAAGGAAUUAGCCAUCAAUUUUCUUCAUCAUUCAUUAUGACAAUUGCAAAUGAAAUCCAUCUAAAAAAGUUGCAUUUAAGGAAGAAAUAAUGAAGAUGAAAAGUACCAUAACUUUCAAAGACCCAUAUCGCCCAUAGUCCAACCUAUCUCUCACCACUUUGGCACCCGAUAUGUAUAUGUCAAAGCCUUUCUGCAACGUAUGGGAAGUGUUGGAAAUCUUUCCUGAACUUGAAACAGUGUGAUCACGAGCCACUAUUGAUAUUCUGGCACAUGCUUUGCACACAGAAUUUCCGAAGGCUAAUUUUUUUUUCAACGUUGAUAAAACAUCUCUAAAGAUAGAAGUAGAAGAUGGGGAAGACUAUUGUUUUUUCUGUGUGGCAAAUUCAAGAAUUACACGGAGAAAAACCCCCAAAAAGAAUAGCUUUGAAACAGAAACAAAAGCAAGGCAUAAGAAGGAGAAAAUUGAAAUGGUUGCUUUAGAAGAGGAGGAGAAUGUUGGAUUCCAACUUCAAGAUUGAUCAUUUGCAAGGCAGUGUCUUACCCAAUUUACAUAGAACUUGAAUGUGAUUUCUCACAUAACAUGUUACUUUCUUCUGUAAUUAAGCUACAUUGAACCAAUUUAAUGAAUGCACUAGCUUAUUUGCAAAGUGAACUCCUUUCUGAAAAAGAUUAAUUUGUAAGAUCAUCUAUUUUUUUUACUAUCUCUGCUUAUUAUUGCAUAA